UUGAAAUUCGCACAACAAAUAUUCGUGCAAUUUCGGUAACAUUCGACUGUGUUCAGCAGCAACGUAUUCGACAGUAGACAAAUGGACCUGACUUCUGGUGUUCUGAACAAUUUUAGGUCAAGAGCGUAUCUAAUUCUACUACAUUUUCUCCGGUUAAAAAAUAAUGACGUGAAGUGAAAAUUCAUAACAAAAUUCAUCAUCAAAUUCUAUGAGUGUAUUCAUUAUACAAAGUUUUUUGUGGUAACUUAUUUAUUAAUAUAAGCACAAAUCAUGAAAUGUUUAUGAGUGUUGAUUUUAAUUCCGUUUAUAUAUAAAUUACGUAUAAUAGUGUUCACUGCAUAAACUCUCGAAUACUUCUGAGAAACACGAUAAACAGAAGUUUUUUUUACUAAAAAAUGAUGGUUUCGAAUAAUCAAAAAAGUAAACAUGAUGAUGAUGAAGACGAAGAUUUGGAGGCAUUGAGACUAGCUGCUUUACAAUCAUUGAAAUCAAAAUCGACGACAAAUACUAAGCCUUCCUCGGUAUCCAUGCAAUCUGCUAUUUUACAAGUGAAUACAACUUAUCCACCUUAUAACAGCAAACAUAGAAGCACUCGAAAAGAAUAUUACACUUCAAUUAAGAGCCUCAGACCAAAUGUAAAUAUCUACCAUUUUAGUAGAAAUAAUCAGAAUUUAAUAGAAAUAGUUCCAGUGGAAGAAAAUGUUAACAAUGGACAAAUCGAAAGUUCUCAAGUGAUAAAUUCUAAUUCACCUUUGAAUUCUGACGAAAAAGAAGAUUCCAAGUUUCAACGUUUUAAGGAUAAUGAAAGUACUUCCGAAGAUGAAGAUCAAAUAAAUCAGAAACAUUCAAAUGAUCUUAUAAACAAAAAAGAAAAUGCUAGUGAAGAUAAUGAAGCAAACAAGGAAAACCAAAGCGGUGGUGAGGAAAGUUCACGUAAAGCCGAGAAAAAUAACAAAAUUAUUGAAGACAAUAAUGACGUAGAAAAUGAAAAAAAUAACAAUGAUAAUGGUGAUAAUAAUGAAGAAGAUGAUGAAGACGAUGAGGAUGGUGAUGAUAAUGACGAUGAUGAUGAUGUACUAUUAAUGGCCGAUCUUGAAGAAGAAGACAGUUUGGAAAGGCUAAUGGAUGAAAUGGAAAAAGAAAUGAAAGGAGACAAAUCAGGUGAUAAGAAAGAUAAAAAGGCUCUUAGAAGAGAAAGUAGAGAAAUGAAAAAACACCAUGAAUCAAGAGCUCGGAAACUUCGAGAAACUAUAGAAAAAACUGAUAAUUCGUCUUCAGGAUCUCAUAGAAAUGAAAAAAGACCAAUAUCACCAGCUGAAACAACUAGAGAAUUGAAAAAACAUCGAUCUCCAUCGCCACGAGUUAAAUCUCGUAAAAAAUCUCCAAAACGAUCACCUAGAAGAUCACCACCACGGCAAGUAAAAAAGUUUCAACGUGAAGACAUUCGAUUGAGAUCUCCAAGAAGAGUAUCACCUAAAUAUUCGCCGAAAACAAGGUUAUCCAAGUCUCCUCGGCGUUCUCCUAUAAGAUCGCCUCUUAAACGGUCUCCCAAACGAUUCUCACCUAGAGGAAGAUCUUAUUCUCGAUCUCCUCCAAGACGGCGAUCACGUUCACCCAGAAAUGUAUCUCGCUCUCGGUCACCUAGAAAUAUCCGUACUCGAUCUCCUAGGCCUCCUCGAUCGAAAUCUCCAAAUUCACCUGAAUAUUUAUCACCAAGAUCAAGGUCAUCAAGAUCAAGAUCACCGACAACACCUAUGUCAAGAACAUCUCCAACCCCCAUUCCAAGAUCACCUACAUAUACAUUAGCAGUACGUUCUAAAUAUCUCGACGCAUCACCUCGACAUUUUUCAUCACGAUCGCCACAGUUUUCACCUCGUCGAUCACCUUGGUCAUCACCUAGAAAUUCUCCUCGAUUGUCACCGAGACGAAAACGUUCUCCUAUUGAAGAAUCAUCUCGAAAAAAUCGUUCUAGGACUCCACCUGAUAAUUCUAGUUAUAAAAAAGAUAUAUCGCCAUCUAGAAGAAAAAAUUCGUCCCCAGAUUUAUCUAAAUUAAAAAAUAAAUCGACUACAAAAGAAUCUAGUGAAACAACAACUAACGAUCCAAUUCUUGAAGCUCGUAGGAGAAAAUUUGAAUCAACACGACCAAUCGAUCCAAUCAAUGACAAUAAGAAAAUUAAAUUAAAUACGAAGACAUCGGUGAAAAAAGCGAAUGUUUUGGAUAAUAUGGAAUUGGAUACUCUUGAAAUAAAGGCUCAAGAAAUAAUGGAAGAAAUGUCGGAGAAUGAGUUGUGUUUACAAAGUAGUUUUGAUUUUGAAGACUUAGCCGUUAAAGUUGAUAAUAAUUCAGUAAAAGAUGAAGCAUUACCUGAAGAUGUUGCUCCAGUUCAAGUUAAAGGUCGUGUAAAGAAGAAAAAGAAAAAAGACAAAGAAAUUUAUCGAGUGGGAAAACUGAAAGGUGAAUUGCCAUUGUCAGAACGUAUUGGUAAAGAAAAGAAGAGCAAGAAAAAAAUACGAGCGAGUCCAGAACAUUCAAAUGAUGAGGCAGAAACUGCGACAGAUGAAAUUCCGAAUGAAGAAGCAGAUUUAAGAACAGAACUGAGCAGGAGACGAGCAGAAAGAUUGAAUCGAACUGUGCCAUUUCAGUCUGCUAGACUUUUGCAAUCUGCAUUCAAAGGGGUUGUUAAUGAAGUUGUUAAAAAUAAUGCAAAAAUCAGUCAGCGACAUUUGGCUAAAGGAGAUGAUAAAAAUGCACAGAAAGAAGUUCGUCGAGUGACUGUAUUGCAUAGAUCCAUAACUGAUUUACAUGAUUCUGAAGAUGAAACAGUUGAUUCAAAGAUUCCUGUACGGCUGAGACUUGGAAUUAAUAAAUCGACCCAAGAAAUACGUGAAUCAUCGAAAUCAUCAAGAAAAUUAUCAAAACGACAAGGUCGUAAGGGGAAAAAAAAGUCUCAUUGACAGAAAUGAAUACUUUUACGAAGAAAAAAAAAA